AUGACCGAUGAAAAGGGAUUAAUUAGGAAGCGUGGUAGUUUCAAGGGGCGUUUAACAUCAUUUUCGACAUACUUAAAUUCAUUAGAUGUUUCAUCAAUGAGUCCCACUGAUGUCAAUGAAUUGCAGUUACGGAUUGGUAAGAUUGAAUUAUUAUAUGACCAAUUCGAUGAAGUACAAUUGCAGUUAGAAUGUAUUGUCGAAAACAGUGAUUUACAAAUUUCUGAAAGGACUGAAUUUGAAUCUCAGUAUUAUAAAUUGCUUGCAUUAGGACAGAAAAUACAGUUUGAUUUUAGUAGUACACAUGACCAACAUUUGAACGUAAAUAGUGAAAAGUGUUCUCGAUCUGGUAAUAAUUGUAAACCCGUCCGUCUUCCUAUUAUUGAAAUAAAAAAGUACAACGGAUCGUAUGAUACCUGGAUUGAGUUCCGUGACACAUUUACAAGUCUAAUACAUUCCAAUGAUGAUAUUGAUCCAAUUAACAAGUUUCAUUACCUGAGAGCGUCAUUGGAAGGUACCGCUGCGGUUGUAAUACAAUCAUUUGAAUUCUCUUCAAAGAACUAUGAGAUAGCUUGGCAGCUCUUAUGUGAACGGUUCGAUAACAAACGCUUGUUAUUACAGAAUCAUGUUAGUGCUUUAUUUAAUAUAGAGCCGGUCACAAAGGAGUCAUCAACAGUGUUAAAACGGGUAGUAGAUCAGGUUAAUAAAAACCUCCGUGCUUUGGAGUCUCUAGGAGAGCCAGUUAAACACUGGGAUACUUUACUCAUUCAUAUUGUGAUUCAUAAAUUAGAUUCAAAAUCAUAUCGUGAAUGGGAAGAGCUCAAAAGUAACUUAGAUAAAAAUAAACCUAUUACCUUUAAUGAUUUUAUUACCUUCUUGCGUAAUCGUGCGGAUUUAUUAGAGAGUCUUGAGUUGUCGCGUAAUGUUAGUACUAGUAAUCAGCCAUCUCAAUAUAUUAAACCUACGUCAAAGUGUAAGUCAAUGGUCUCUGUACAAAAUAAUAAUAUAGUUCCAAUGGUUUGUCCUAAAUGCAAUGGUGAUCAUAGUUUAGGUAAUUGUCAUCAAUUUUUAUCAUUAAGUAACAAUGAACGUUUUCAGUUAUUACCAAAUUAUAAGGUUUGUUACAAUUGCUUCCGUAAAGGUCAUUUUGCCAAUCAUUGUAAGAAACCUGGCUGUAAAGUUUGCAAACGUAAACAUAAUACUCUCGUUCAUGUGGUCGACCUUAAAUCGGUUUUAAAUAAUGAGACUCUUCAUUCUGAUGUAUGUUCAACUUCAGAAACUUCGCGACCUGUUGUUAGGAUACGCGAUGAGUCUAAUAUUCCGAUUUCUUUGUCAGCUAAUGUUGCUGAUAUGAAUAGAGGCGGCCAAGAGGUCCUACUAUCGACUGCAUUAGUUAAGGUGUAUGAUAUUCAUAACCGCGAGCAUGUUGCUCGAGCAGUACUCGAUAGUGGUAGCACUUCAUGUUUAAUGACAGAGAAAAUGUACAGUCAGUUAAAUUUGUCUACAAUUAAUGUAAAUAAGUCAGUAAUAGGCAUUAAUAAUGUAUCGUCGCACGUAGGCAAAAUGUGUCGAGUAUCAAUGAAGUCAUUGAAUAAUAGUUUCUCGGUUAAUAUUAAUUGUUACAUUUUGCCAUCAAUUACCGAUAACGUGCCUUCAAGUCAAAUAAAUUUGACGGAUUUAAAAUUGCCAUCUAACAUUCAUUUAGCUGAUCCCAAAUUUCAUUCUCCAUCUGCUGUCGACUUAAUACUCGGCGCUGAUAUAUUUUGGGAUUUAAUAGGUUUACAGCAAUUGAAAUUAGGUAUUGAUAAGCCGAUACUUCAUGAAACCAAACUUGGUUGGGUGGUUUCAGGCCCAAUAAACUGUGGCUACAAAUCGUCGUCUUCACAUAAUAUAAAAUGUAAUUUUUCUUCUAUACACGAUGAGACUCCAACUCAAUUAACGCAGUUCUGUCAGUUCGAACAAGUCUGUCCCCAGUCAUCUAAUUAUUCCGUUGAAGAAAAGUUAUGUGAAGAACGUUUUAUUAAAAAUAUUACUCGUUUGAAAGAUGGUCGAUUUUGUGAAAGCAUACCACUGAAACAAAACUCUAUCAUGUUAAGCGAUUCAUUUCAGCGAGCUAAAUAUAGUUUUUCAAUAGAGCAUAAGAAAGUGAAUAAACCUAUAUUUAAAAUAAUGUACACUGAUUUCAUAUCAGAAUAUGAAUCUUUAGGUCAUAUGACCAAAUGUUUUAAUAACAAUUCGGAUUCUGUACAAUAUUAUUUUCCUUGUCAUAGAGUUCUGCGUGAAAGUAGUCCUACUUCAUUAAGUAUUUCUUAUAAUAAUUUACAAUAUGUCGGUCCUACUAUACAGAAAGAUCUUAGGUCUAUAUCUCUUUGGUUUAAGCAAUAUAAAUACAUCAUAGAUCUAUGUUUAGAGAAUAUGUACAGGCAAAUUAUUAUACAUCCCGAAUAUAGAUGCAUACAAUCAACUUUAUUGCAUGGCGACCCAUUUAAGCCUUUUAAGUUGUAUCAGUUAUAUAUUGAUUUAGAGUGUAAAGAUGAUAAAAUCUGUGACAUAAUUAUUCGUGAUUUCAAUGUCGCUGACAUGCUCACUGGUGGGGAUGAUAUUGGUGAGGUUAAGCAAAUUCGUGAGCAGGUCAGCUCUGCACUUCUUUCAGCAGUCAUUAAUUUACGGAAAUGGAAAUAUAGUAAUCCAAUUCCAUGUGAUUUUAAUGACACUCUAGUUAAUUUAAAUAUCGGUAUGACUGAUGAGUCAAGUAAGACUUUAAGUCUCUGGGAAUCGGGCGUAAAAUCAAAAUUUAAAUUGAAAAGAGUGUUGGGAAAUUGUCAUUUAGCUUAUGAAGAGCUCAACACUGUUUUGGUUCAAGUCAAGGACGUAUUGAAUUAUCGACUGCCCACUCUGACAGCAUCAGACCCAGAAGAUUAG